GAGAGAACUCUUGUCAGCUGGAGGCCAGUGUGAAUGUUGAAGUUAAUCACUUUAAUCAGCAUUGAAUAGCUUUAUCUCCUGGUUCCUUCCUGCCUGGGGGCAUCCUCUGUUUAGAGUCAGGGUCUAAGGUCAGGUGGAGCCCAGAGACAGAGUGUCUUAUGAGACCAAGAUUCCACUCAGAAUACAGAAGGAAAGUAGUGAUUAUAAGAUAUAAGUUAUCCAGCAGGAAUGCUGAGGAGAAAUAUACAGUCAACGGAGAGGAAAAUUAUAAAACAAACAGGCUUCCUAGAGGGGAAGCAGGAAGGAAGGAAGGAAGAGCCUCCCACAUCCAAGCCCCGCCCCUUCCGGCCAGUGGGGAGCACGUCCCUUCCUAGAGAAGCCCCGGAAAAGGGCUGCGGGGGGGGUCUUCCAAGGGGGAAGGAGCGCCGCUUCCGGGAGGGAGCCAGUCCUCCUUGGACGGGGCUGAGGCGGGUCUGCAGUUGCCCGGGCAGAAUCUCUUUAUCCUUUCCUUCCUGCUGCCAGUCUGGCCAUCUCUUUCCUGGGACAGAGUAUUCCAAGAAUGCUGCCUAUUUCUGCCUUAAAAGAGAAUUUAGCCCAGUGAAAGAGAGCGUUGGAGGUUGUAUGCGAGGACAGGAGAAAGCAGCAUCAGCCUGGUUCAUCUGGCUGUGAUUUCUCCUUCUCUUCGGGAGAGGAGCAGAGGGACAUUCUGGAUUGCAAGCGCUGCAGGCCCCACCAGUUCUCCCAGUCCUCUCACUUUGAAUGUCAUCUGAGAGAAGAGGUGGAUGUAUUUUCAUCCAGACUGAAGGCAGCCUAGAAGCACAGAACCAAGAUGGAAGGGCAAGAGCCAACUGCCUCCCAGUUAGAAGUAUUUUCUUCUACUAUCGAGGAAGAGAACAAUAGAGCAUUCUGGGAGGACUCUUGGAGGAAAGACCGGGAGAGCAGUUCACUCCAUCCAGACCUUCAGGGCCAGCGCUUCCGGCAUUUCCGCUAUGAGGAGGCCUUUGGGCCCCGGGAGGUUUGCAGCCGCCUCCACUCUCUCUGCCGCCUGUGGCUGAAGCCAGAGCGACACUCCAAGGCGGAGAUGUUGGACCUGGUGCUCCUGGAGCAGUUCCUGGCCGUCCUACCUGUGGAGAUGGAGCGCUGGGUGAGGGAAUGUGGGGCAGAGACCAGUUCCCAGGCCGUGGCUUUGGCUGAAGGAUUCCUCCUGAGUCAGGAAGAGGAGAGGAAGCGGGAGAAGCCCCAGGACUCUUGUACAGGUGGGAUCAACCAGGUGGAGGAGUCUCCUUCAGACACCAUGUGCGUUGCCCAGAUUGGAGAAGGAGAAUCUAUCACAGUUGGCAGUGAAACAUGGCUAAGUGAUAGUAGCACAACUUUUCAUGAUUCUUUCCCAAGAAGAAAUUCUGUGGGACCAGAUCAGGUGACUUUUGAAGAUGUGUCUGUGGCUUUCUCAGAGGAGGAGUGGGCCCUUUUGGAUCCGAGCCAAAAAGCCUUGCACCAGCAAAUCAUGGAGGAGAAUUUGGGGAUGGUGUCAUCUCUGGGUAAAGCUCCAUUAUGCUUGUAGUUAACCAAAUCUGUUUUCAAGUUCUAAAAAUUAUCCAGUGUUUCCGAUCUUCCUCUGAAGCCAUAGAAAGUAAGCUUAUUCCAAAUCCAUAUAGGGGCCAGCCAAGAAGACAAUUGGCACUUGGGUGGAGUUGCCACAUUAGAUGAAUUCUAGACAGUGGUCAUUUUCCAUCCACUAACCAUGCUUGUGAUGGUGUUGGGAGCGAGACAAGGGCUUCUCUUGAGGAUUCUAGCACCCAGGUAGGUUUGGACAAGGAGUCAAAUAGCCUGGACCUGAGCCAUUUAGGUCUUUAUAGGUCAUAACUAGCAAUUUGAAUUAUGUCUGGAAACAGAUGGGCAGCCAGUGGAGCCAUGGCAGCAAAUAAUAAUAGUAAUUUUAUUACUUAGCCACCUCUCCUAACAACUCAAGGUGGGAUACAGCAUUGUUAAAGAACAUAAUUGAAACACAUAAUCAUUUUAAAACAUUCCGUAAAAUACACAUAUUUAAACAUAAGAUACGUGUUCAAAUACACAAAGGUUAGCGUAGAGUUGAAGUUUAAAAUUCAUCAUUAGAACUGUCUAAGUAGACCUGCCGGAAGCAAUGUCUUCCCUUGUGUCUUAAACCCUGACACGUGAUCUAGCUGUCGGAGCUCUACUGGCAGGUCGUUCCACAGUCAUGGGGUGGCUGAUGAAAAGGCCCUCUGGAAGGCAGUUGCCAUUUGGGUUCUGGCAGGCUGAAGUAGAUGCCCUCCAGAGGACCUCAGUGUAAGACUCUGGAAGCUCACAACAACGAUCACUAGAAGCAAAGGAUCCAGGCAAUCAACUUUAGAGUCUUUGUAAAACCAAAAUGUCUUGAGGCUUUGUUAUCAUGUGACUGGGCCAACGCCUUACCUCUCAGAUUUACUGGUACGUAGAGCUUUGUCCCACGUCCAUAGCCCAUCGUUUUGCUUUAAUGUGUCUUUAUGAAAUUGAAGCCAGUCGUCACUGAUCGCAGCCUCCCUCAGCUCAUCAGCAAAGUCCGUGUUCUUGGUGGUCAGCAUAGCUGUUGUCUCUUCUCCCUCCUGCCACUUGGGUCUGAACAGCAAGGCCCAACUGUUGUUUGGGGGGGAAAAGUCCCUUCCUCUCCUGGGGAGGAAUAAUCAGCUAUUGGCAUCCGCGCCAGGGCAUCCACUAGACAAUUUUGGUUCCCAGGGAAGAAGUGUAAGGUGAAUUUGAAUUGGCUAAAAAAAUUGGGCCCACCUAAGCUGUUUUGGCAUUCAACCUCUCAGGGAUCUGAAAAUUCUUAUGAUCAGUCCAGACCUCAAAGGGAACCGAUGCCCCUUCUAGGAAGAGAUUCUAAUGUAACAAAUUCCUCUGACUGCAAAGGAUUCUUUUCCCAAACGUGCCAUCUAUUUUCUGUGUCUGAGAACUUUUUAGAGGGAAGCACAGCUUUCCUUCAUUUUUUUUAAUAAUUGUGCAUUUUUUGCAGUGAUAUUUAUCCCCCAGUUAUUUUAUUUUGUAUUCUUCUUUUCUUAUCUUUGCUCCUAUUAAAUUUUUAUCUUUUUUAUUGUAUUCACCAGUAUCUCCAGAAAUUAUAUAAAUAAUAACAGUGACAAAGGACAACCUUGCCUUUUUCCUUUGUUAAUCAUAAAACCUUUUUCUUCUUGGCCAUUUGCUGUAAGCUUGGCUUCCUGAUAUCUAUAAAUAGCAUUUACUGUAUUUGUAAAUUGGUAACCCAUAUCCAGUUCUUUUAUUAUCAACAUUAGAAAAUGCCAGUUUACAUUAUCAAAUGCAUUUUCCGUAUCUAAAGCUAUCAGUGCACAUUCUUUUUGAUAUUCUGUAAUAUUCUGUCAGUUAUUGUUCUUACAUUGUCUUUUAUAUUUCUCUGAGGGAGAAAACCAAUUUGAUCUUCCUUUAUCCAUUCUUUCAGGAAGGUUUUAAGUCUCUCAGCCAGAAUAUUUGUGUACAAUUUGUAAUCCAUGUUUAGUAGUGAAAUUGGCCAAUAAUUUCUUACAUCCAUUGGAUCUGAAUUUUCCUUGUGUAUCAUGAUUAUAUUUGCUCUCCUCCAUGAGUCUGGGAUUAUUCAAUUUGUUCAUUAUUUUCUUCAGGAUAGGAACAAGUUCUUCUUUCAAUAUUUUGUAAUAUAUUGCUGUAAAGCCAUCUGGCCCUGGUGCUUUAUUAGGAUCUGAUUUUUUAAUGGCCCAAUUAAUUUCUUCUUCCAAUAUUUCUUUAUUUAAUACUUCUCUCUGUUAAUUAAACAUAACUUUUAAUUGCUCAAAUACCUUUAGACACUCAGGCCUCCACUCCAGCCGUGCGCCUGGUGACUUAGUUUUCCGAGUUUCUCUCUUCCCUUUGGUCUUUAACAGGUUUGUCAAGGGAAGCGCAAUUUCUGCAAAAUUGUGGAUAAACUGUCUACAAAAAUUGGUGAAGCCCAAAAACCCUUGUAGUUUUCUUCUGGUCUGGGGUGGCUCCCACGCCAGCACAUCUUGAACUUUGGCCGGAUCCAUACUUAAUCCCUGUCGGGAGAUCCGAAACCCUAAAUAAUCUAGUUCUGUCAUAUGAAACUCACAUUUGGACAGUUUAGCACACAGCUGGUUCUCAAUAUGUUCUAAUGUUGCGAAAAAUAUGACGAUGUCAUCUAAAUAGACCAAGACACCCUUAUAUAGCCAUGGAAGGAAAAUCUCAUUGAUAAAUUACAUAUAAACGCAUGGGAUGCCUUGAAGCCCAAACUCUAUGACUUUAUACUGAUAGCUCCCUAAUGGACAAUUAAAAGCUGUAUUCCACUCAUCUAUUCUUAUUCUAUAGUAUCACUGCUGAACAUUCAGUUUAGCCUAGGUGAGCUAACAUGUCUUUCAUCAAAGGAAUGGGCUACUUAUUUGAAGUGCUGAUGGCAUUUAAUCCCCGAUAAUCCGUGCAAAGUUUUAACGUCUCAUCUGUCUUUGGUCGGAACAGAACCGGGGCCACCAUGGGAGAAUUGGCUGGCUCAAUAAAACCCCUGGCCAAGUUCUUAUCAAUGAAUUCUCUCAGACAUGGCAUAAAGCUUUGGGCUUGGCAGAUCAGCAAAGUCAUGGUAUACGUCUGGUAUCUGAUCCAGGGGCAAGUCCUUAGAAGUGGCGGCCACUUCUCUCUCCUCUUCUGUCCUCUGUUCUGGUUGAGGUUCCCUUUAUACUAUAACUUCCAUCAUGGAAGGUGAUAGUCUUGGUUUUCCGAUCAAUUUGGGGUUUUUGUUACCCUAGCCAGGGGAUACCUUGGAUGACUGCCUAAGGGACCAUGGGUGAGAUUACAAAUUGCAAAGUCUCUUGAUGGGUCCCUAUCUUCAUCUCUAGAAAAUUAGUCUUUUUUCACUACCUUUAUUCUAUUUGUGGUAGACCCAUCUAACUGAGCAAAAGCCACUGAUGUUUUUAAAGGUUGGGAUUCUAUUCCCAACUGAUAUGCUAGAGCUGGGACAAUCAGACAUCUGGUGCACCCACAGUGUAUAGCAACAUCUGUUCUUACCCUUUGGCCCAUCUCUGGGUUUUGCACUUACACCAUCACCCGAACGGUGUUACAGUUAAAGCAGACAAGAUUUUGCCCUGAGAUACUGUGAUCUGCUGUUGAGUAUUUAAAGUACAACAUGUCGUUUUCCUGCAGCCAUUCUGCAUUGUCUUCUAUGUCUAGCCCCCCCUCUUCCAACUGACAUUCAACCGGGUUCCGGAGCUGUGUCUGUCGCUGUUGAUUCUUUAUUUUGGCCACCUUGGAAGGAGGGAGAGUCUUCUUUUGCGGGGGCAUGUUUCCUCUAGCCUGGGAAAGUCCCUUCCAACAAUUCACGGCUCUAUACCCCUCUCAGCCACAUGUGAAGCAUGUUCCUCUUCUUCUUUUCCUCUCCCGACUGCUUGACCUGGCCCGUGAAGAGGGAGUCGCUGCCGAGAUCCUCGACUGUGUUCUUCCUCACUCAUCAUCUCUGGGUGUCCUCUUAACUUUUUCUUGAUCGCACUCUACUCUUCCGGCGAGUUACUGGGUUAUCUCAGUGUAGUGCCUACUCCAGAACAGGGAGUAAACUCCAAACUGUGGAGCCAUGUCUUCAGCACUAAUUCAACCCCAUACUGCACAGGCUGAAUCGUUGUUCCCUUAUCUGCCUUCUAAUGCACCAAUAGAACCUCUGUCUUCUCUGGAUUAAGUUUCAAUGUGACCCACUCCAUCCCAUUACUUUUGGGAGACAUUGGUUUAGUUGGAAAGGAGGAGUAGAGCUUGGUGUCAUCUGCAGAUAGAUGGCACCGCCCUCCAAAACUCUGAAUGAGUUCUCCUGUAUACUUAAUUGCAUAGGGAACAAAACAGAUGCUUGGGGGAUCGGACAGGCAAUGGGCAAGAGAUUAAACAGGAAUCCCCCAGCAGCAAGGCAACCCGGAAGGAUACCAUCACGUAUGAUAUUGAGAACUACUGAAAUGUUCAGUGGAAUCAAUGGGGACACCUUUUCCACAUCUGUUUGGGUCUUUUGACUUUGGGGCCAAAGCCCCAAGAGGAGUGGCCUUAUUAAAAAGAUGUAGCCAGUAUUUUGUCUUAGUCCAUGAAGGGUUUAUGUACCAGGUUUGAUCCAGUUCUAUCAAGCCAUUUAGGAGCCUUUGCAGUCCAUACAUACACACCUUGAUUUAUGUAUAAAGAGAUUUUUUUUUUCAUACACAAAAAAUUACAAUAUAUUGAAAUCCAGGCUUGUGAAACUAACAGUAUAAAAAAGUAGGGGGUGCUUUAAAAAAAAAGAUUUAGGGGUUAAAAUGGGAGAAAUAAUAUUUAAUAAUGUGUCAGGAGCUGAUUUCUGCUGUUCGGGAAGUCACCAUAAAGCCUCUCCAUGAGAGCUCGGAGUCACCCGGGGAUGUCAGUGGAACUAUCUGAGAGCAGCUGAAUGGACUAACUUUUCUCAUGGGGAAAAACUGAUAAGGACUUUGGAGGCAUGGAGUGAGAUUGGAAGGAAAGGAGGGGUGUUAGUCAAAAUUGCCAUUAGCUAUUUUUUAUUUGAGCUGUAGAGAUCUGAGUAAUAAAGCCAAAUCCAAAAGA